UUAGCAGAGGACCAAAUUCCUGUGUCCCCACCCCCCGGAGAGGCAGCCUCUGCCUCCACCCUCCUGGGGCAGGAGAGGACGUCUCUGCACUCCUGUAGAGGGAAGGGGGGCUAGGACUCUAUCUUCACCCUGGGAGGACCAGCACAGCCAUACCUGUGGCUCCUGAGGUCCCAUUGGGUUUGAGGACAGCUGGUCACCUUCUUGGAGGAAAAGAUGUGCUGGAAGACGUUGCUGCUUCUGCUGCUGUGUUACGAUGCUCAGGCUUCCGUGUCCCACAGGUGGAGCAGGGCCAUGCUCUUCCCUGCCGCGCAUCGGCCAAAGCGCUCCUCACCCCUACCCCUGAACCCCGUCCUGCAGAGCUCCCUGGAGGAAGUUGAGCUGCUCUACGAGUUCCUGCUAGCUGAACUUGACAUCAGCCCUGACCUGCAGAUCUCCAUCAAGGACGAGGAGCUCUCCUCGCUGAGGAAAGCCUCUGACUUCCGCAUCAUCUGCAACGACGUGAUCCCCAAGAGCAUCCCGGACAUCCGCCGGCUGAGCGCCAGCCUCUCCAGCAACCCUGGUGUCCUCAAGAAGGAGGACUUUGAAAGGACAGCGCUGACCUUGGCCUACACGGCCUACCGCACAGCCCUGUCCCAAGGGCAUCAGAAGGACGUCUGGGCCCAAUCCCUCCUUAGCCUCUUCCAGGCCCUGAGGCACGACCUGCUGCGGUCCUCGGGCCCCAGAGUGUCUCCCUGAGAGACUGGGCCACAUCAGGACCAUGGAGCAGGGCCCAGCACACACGGUAAUCCAAACGCUCUUCAUUCUCUACUCCAUUUACAGAGCCACCAGCUCAGAGUAGCAGAGAUAAAAAAAAAUAGUAACCCCAUGUCCUUUGCCCCCUUAUACUUUCCUGAUAAGCACAUCUGAUUCACGUCACUGUGUGACCAGGGCUGGAAGAAAGGGCUAGAGUGGUAAUUCAAGAUGUCUCCAAAAGCCACGUGAUUUGCCUGGGGACAUGCAGAAGUCUGAGAUCUGCUUCAUCACUGAGGGACUGCCGAAGACACGCCAGGGCGAAGACAGGACUAGAGGAGAUAGCAGAGAGGUUUGGGGAUGGCGGGAAGAUGGGGCACAGAGAUCAGGGCAUGAGGCCGAAUGAACAUCAUUCCAAAGGUUCUACAGAGUAAGAUACUUAAACCAAAAACCUAGAGCAAUAGCCAAAUAAAUACAUCAUUAGCCAAAGGUCUACGUCUCAACUAUUCCAAACGUCACCAAGAACAAUCAGUUAGAAAAUCAGUAACUUUAUGGCCCAUAUGGCUUGUCUCUUCUCUGAAAUCUCAUCUAAUACAGAGAAGCAUGAAGGGGGAGCACAGAGAGGCUGCAAACAGUCAGACCUUGUCUUCUGAACAGAGAAAGCCAGCGAUGCAGAGAGGGCCGCCCGAUAAAGAGGUGGCAUCAACAUCCAUGCCUGUCCAUCCUGGCGCUGAUAUUAUUUAGCAUCAUCAGAGAAUCAAGUGGCCCAAAUAAAAAUGAUUUUUUUAGACGACAGGACUUACCCUUUCAAAUGCCAGAACUUUCAUUUUAACAAUAUUGACUGGCUGUCUUUUUAAACUGUAUGUACAAACCAUCUUGAGCUUUUAUUUAGUGUCUUUGAAACAUUCUGAUGAAGAAAUUGGAUUAUUUUACCUCUAAUAUUGCUCAACUUCUGAAAGUUCCACGAUCACUGAACCAGCUGUGAGAUAUUACAGGGAGGAC